UAAUCACUCAAGAAAACCAUACUUUGACAGAAGAGGAAGCUACUAUACAAUCAAAAAAAUGAGCAAGCACACCAACUUCAGGAUGGGUGGUCAGGAUGCAGAGGGGCUGAAGAACUUCUGGGAAAAGGUCAUCCAGGAGCAAACCAAGCAGCAAGAGGCUGAAGAGUCCAGGUUAAGCAAAAGUGCCCUGAACAAGCUCCGCCAGGAAUGGGCCCUGCGGCUGGAGAGGAGAACGCGGCAGGUCCAGGCACACACGAAAACGCGGGGGGAACAAACGACACCGCUGUCCAUCGAGGCUCUCCCCUCACCGGACAAAACUGUGGCUUAAAACAAGAAUUGAGCCCAACUCCGACCUUCUGCACACACCUGUAACCCAGCAGUCGCCCUGCCCAGCGAGCAAAAGGUCAGAAUCCGGCCCUUUUCCAGACUACUUAUUAUACCUACAAUUAAAGCCCUGCUGA